AUCGAACGCACGCUGGUGGGGUUGGCGUGGUCUCUGGGCCUUGGUGAUGGCAGCACAAGCCUCUUUGACGAUCUAUGGACCCCUGCAACUAUCCGGGGCCUUUGCCAAAAUUUCGGCCGCUGAACGGAAGGAACCGAAUUGAUCCACCGAAAUUUACGACGCCGAAGAUCAAGACACGACAGAGAGACGAAGUAGGGGAACUGACGGCUGCCGAGGACCAUUUUUCACCCUACAAAAAAGGCUUCAAAACCGCCCACCGCGAUCUCGACCAUCAAUCACCCCUCCUGAGGGGACAGCGACCCGAACCUCUGUCGCCGAAUCAGCCCCUUCCGCAUAAGCAUCCCGAGGCCCCCUGCAUCCCCGAACCACCUCAUAAGUAGGAAAAGAAACAACACACAGCCACCACAAUGGGCAUCGCCUCGAUAACCAACGCCUGCGUGCACCUCCAAAACGCCGCCCGCGCACGGCUGGGCCUGACCUCGAUUCCCAACACAAAAUACAAUUUGCGCCUCGCGCUGGCGAUGCACCGCGCGGGGCUCAUCGCGUCCGUCACACGAGGCGGCCCGCGCCCGCCGCCGCCCGAGGCGUUGUUGGCGACCGAGACGGAGCCCGUCACGUUCGAGAACGUGGCGACUCGGCGGCUGUGGAUUGGGCUCAAGUACUGGAACAACCAGCCCGUGAUACGCAACGUGUCGCCCGUGUCCAAGCCGAGCCGGCUCGUCACGGCGCAGUUGGACGAGCUCUCCCGCGUCGCCAGGGGGCUGAGCGUGCAGCAGCUCAAGGGGCUGAACCUGGGGGAGACCAUGUUUUUGAGUACGGACCGCGGCGUGCUCGAGGUGCGGGAGGCGCUGGCGAAGAAGGUUGGCGGGCUGAUCCUUUGCCGAGUUUCAUGAGUUCGAUCGGCUAGGAUUGUGAAAGGGAUGAGUGCGGUGUUUUGAGCUAAGAGAAGGGGGAGACGAGAGGAUGGAGGUUCUGUAUGAUGCAGCCAGGCAAGAUGGACGGAACAUGUCGAAGGUCGAGGCAUAUCUGCGCGUCAAGCCAGAAUUUGGACAGCUUUCCAGCCUCGCAGCACUGGACGUACGAGCGGACGCCUGUAAACAAUGACCAAAUGUACCAUAUCUUUCACAGUCCAAUAGAAUGUAAGCAAAUAGAGUGCAUUCCUCUAACGCUCA